AUGGCCAGCCAAUCCCAGCAAAGCCAGGACGUUUCGGUCCAGAUAGGCAACUUGCAGGUCCAGGGACUGAUGAACAAGACAAACAAAGUUGCGAACUACCUUGGGAUCCAAUACGCAACUAUCCCGGCAAGAUUUCGCCAGUCCAAGCUCGUUGAUCACUCCGAGCUGAGUGGUGUCCUCGAUGCAACUCGAUACGGACCCAGAUGUCCACAGGUCACAGUAACCCGACCGGAGACAGCCCACCUAUAUGAGGGUGUGCGACGCAGUUCUGAGUAUCCCCUGGACGAGUUUGGAUGCUUGAGGCUCAACAUCUAUGUCCCCAAGGGGGCCCAGGGUCCGUUACCAGUGUUAGUUUGGAUCCAUGGCGGAGGAUUUAUCUUUGGAGACGGCAACUCUGAAUUUGAUGGAAACUACCUCGUGGAGCAUGCCUUGGAGAAAGGAAAACCCAUUAUCUUCGUGGCCAUGAAUUACCGACUGGGAUUCUUUGGAUUUCUCGCUUCAAAGGAACUGAGCGCAGAAGCGACUGCGAGCGGCGAAACCCCAUACUCAAACAUGGCAAUGCAUGACCAACGAGUCGCCCUCCUGUGGAUCCAAAAGCACAUCCAAUAUUUCGGCGGCGACCCAUCCAAUACCACCAUCGCGGGUGAAUCUGCAGGUGGGUGGUCAGUGCUCGCUCACCUGCGAUCCGACGUACCCGUUUGCCAAAGAGGUAUCAUUCUAUCGAGCCCCAACCUGGAUUUUCCACGACCGGAAGAGGCUCAAGAGACCUUUGAUGAGCUUGUCGCCAGCACGGGCGUGCCGCCUACUGCGUCCGCGGAGGAAAAGCUCACAGCUCUGCGUAACUUGGACUCGAUGGAAAUAGUUCGGCUGAUGGUCCCUCGUUUGGCUACACCCCUCUGGGACGACAAAUGGUUUGUGUAUCAAGACGGCAACAGGCCUAUUGCAGGCCCUGCUCCGCUCGCGCCGUGGGUGAAGGGCGUCAUUGCGGGAUCCACGAAGCACGAAGCAGCGCUGUUUGGUGUCACUCAAUGGCGGAAUUGGUCCUCCCAGCAAUUUGUGGAUCGGGUGAAAUCCGCCUUCUCAACUGCCGAGCUGGCCCAAGAACUGAUGGAUGCAUACGGCAUCUCCCCAGCGGCACCUGCCGAGACGUGUCUCCAGGGGUUCAUUGAUAUGGCUACCGACAGCAUCUUCUCAGGCCUGCCCUUCAUCAUCGCAGAAAACCCCUCCGAAUCUUUGCCGGUCAGUCUCUACAGAUUUGACCAGGCCGACACAUUCAGCCAGAGCCCCCUUAAAGGGUAUGCCUAUCAUGCACUGGACAACUCGUUCUUCUGCCGACUACCAGCCGUCGCUGGUCCCAAUGCCGACCCGGAAGUGAGAGAAACAGCGAAUAGACUUUCUGCGGCCGUCAUCGAGUUUGCACAUGGAUCGCAACCAUGGGAGACAUUCAGCUCUAGGCACAGGAUUAUGGUGUUCAAUGGCACGAAGAGCGGGAUUGUGGAGCUCAAGGAAGAGGACCGUUGGAGGCGGAUUACCAUGUCGGGAGACCUAACAAGGGCAAAGGGGACGUGGAGGUCUGGCAACAAGCUGCUGGGCGUCCGCCACAGUUCGAUGGAUCGAAUGUAA